AUGGCCACAGCUGUCAAGCCUGUCACUUACGAGAAUGGAUUCAGGGAACCCUCUACGGGCACUCCAUGGAUUAAGGAAUAUCAACCGGGCGAGGAGACGCCCUCCUAUGUUGUUCCUCCAUCGGUCGACCUUCUAAGCAGCACCGUGCACAACCAUCUCGGGGAAAACGUUCAAAGAGUUUGGCCUACACUUGCCGAUGGUACAAAUAGCCCACACGGAGUCCCGGAAUGGUAUAAGAAGGAAAAGGAGGUUGAUGUAUUGAUUUGUGGAGCUGGUCCUAGUGGUCUCGAGGUUGCCUUGAGCUUGAUCCGUCAGGGUGUUUCCUUCCAUAAAGCUCCAGGGCCGCUACUUGCUGGGCGUGCCGAUGGUGUCCAGCCUCGCUUCUUGGAAACUCUACACCAAUGGGGCCUUGCCGAGGAGGUCCACGAAGAGGGACCGCUUAUUGAACGUACUGCCGUAUAUAGGGAUGGAAAGAAAGUUAUUUUCGGACGUUCUCAUCAAUCUGAUUCUCGCUACCGAGGACUUCACAUUAUUACUCAAGGCCAGGUGGAAAGAAUUUUUAUCAGAGAUUUAUAUCGACACCACAAGCUUGUGGAACGCUUGACAACUGUCAAAGACUUUGUGGUUGAGGAUAAAGGAGAAUAUCCAGUAAAGGUCAAUUUGGCCAAUGAAAAGACAGGGGAGGAAGAGGAAGUUAGAGCCAAGUUCUUGGUCGGCAGCGAUGGUGCUGGAAGUAGGAUUCGAAAGAGUAUGAACAUCUCCUUCGAUGGUGUUAGCACCGAUAUCUAUUGGGGCAUUAUGGACUGUGUUUUUGAAACCGAUUAUCCCCAUGCUUGGAUGUUUGGUUUGGUCAUCAAUUCCAAACACGGUGGAUGUGUCAUAAUUCCUCGUGAGGAUGGAUACAUCCGUCUGUACACCCAGCUCGACACCUCUGCUACUGGAGAACUUGCAAAGUCUCGCCAACAAUCAGAUCCCACAUUCGCCGAAGCCGGGGGCAAAGUCGAUGUCCACUCUAUUACUCCUGAUGAAGUUUUGGCGCAAGCCAACAGAAUCUUCGCUCCCUACAAGCUCAAGUUUGGCAGCACUCUCUCUUGGUUUGCAAUCUGGAAAAUCUCAGAGCGUGUUGCUGCCAACUACUCAUACAAGAACCGUGUUCAUCUUGUUGGGGAUGCUGCGCACGUCCACUCUGUCAUGGGUGCUUUUGGUCUGAACGCCUCUAUCUUAGAUGCUUCCAACCUAGCGUGGAAAUUGGGAUUCUGCGCCAAUAACCAAGCCUCAAUUCACAAACUUCUACCAACCUACGAAAAUGAGCGGCGCAGGCACGCUGUCCGCAUCAUUGAAACAUCAGGUGUAUACCUCCGCUUCGCCUGCAAUUCCACCCUCCCACCGGUGAAUCUCAAGGGAGUUGGUACCGAUCCUCGCGAGGAUGAACUCAACAGGCCCGAGAAACCCGACCCAGCUGCCGGUGAAGAGAAUGAAGAUAUUGCCUUCCUCAAGCGCUUCUACGCCCAGAAUGGGCCUUUCCUCCUCGGCGUGGACGCAGCGUACGGGAACAAUGUCUUGAACCCUCCCCGUUCCACCUCUCCUCACCCUGCUGUUGUCAAGAACGGUGUCCGUGCCCCCAACCCUCGUGUCUGCUUUUCACAAACCAAGACUGGUUAUCUCUACGACGCCUUAGCAGGGCCUUCAAAGAUCAACAUCAUAGUCUGGGGCUCUGACCUUGAGGGCCCAAUCCGCAAGCGUCUGGUAGCCUUCGCAAAGGCUCUCGCCGACCCCGUAUCGUUCUACAACCGGUUCGGUGGUGCGGAGCGAUUCAACAUCGUUCUCGUCGUUAAGGAUACCCCACUAGAGGCCGCGCCCAAGUUGGCGAAGGGCUCAGACCUUGCCCCUUUCAGAGAGAUCGGAACCGUUCUUUACGACGAUAGAGCCCCCGAUGAAGAUGCCCACACUUGCUACGGUGUUGAUCAUGCUAAGGGUGCUGCGGUCGUUGUCCGACCUGAUAUGUGGACCGGCAUUAGCGCCUUCCCCAAUGAGGUUGACAAGCUUGCCGAAUACUUUGCCGGUUUCUUGAUCGAGACCGGGAGCGUCCCCAUCCAGGAAAAUGCCAACGAAGAGGUCUUUGCCACCACCAGCAGCUGGAGGACCUAA